AUGGAGGGGAAGGAGGCUGCCUCCCCACAUGCCACUGCGCCCGAAGUUGUGAGCACCAUAUCUUCGCUUCUGCAGCCAGCUGUAGGUGCUGCACACGUCAUGCAGCGUGUUGUGGCACAGCAGCAACUUCUCCAUGCUGACAUUGAAUCUUUGAAUGAUGAGUUGCAGAGGGCUCGAGCACAUUUUGAGAGGACCAACAAUACCCAACACCAUGAACUGGAUAUGUACUGCGCUAGACUAGCUCGAUGCCGCUCGGAUGUGGCGGUCCUGUUUAGACAACUUACGGCGACCAAGCAGCGUCUCUUACGCGUGCAGCGCGUCUUGUCACAGCGAAAGGAGGAGAUUCGACUGGAAAAUGAGUCCCUGAAAGAGCGGCUUGUAGUUUCCGCCGCAACUCCAGAUGCCACAAACGAUGCGGCUGUGUGUGGGCCUCCUGGUACAUCGGAAAUUACAACGGAACACCAUGACGAAGAGGUACAGGGCGACGUGGUGCACGAUUUUUGA